AUGUCCACUGAAGGGCAAAGAGUUGAUGACAGCCCAAGUACUAGCGGAGGCAGUUCUGAUGGAGACCAGCGUGAAGGGGUUCAGCAAGAACAAGAAAGGGAGCAAGUUCAGCCCAAGAAAAAGGAAGGCAAGAUCUCCAGCAAGACGGCUGCUAAAUUGUCAACUAGUGCGAAAAGAAUUCAGAAAGAACUUGCAGAAAUUACAUUGGAUCCUCCUCCAAACUGUAGCGCCGGACCCAAAGGAGACAACAUUUACGAAUGGCGGUCAACUAUCUUGGGACCCCCGGGGUCUGUGUACGAAGGAGGGGUUUUCUUCCUCGACAUCACCUUCUCGCCAGACUACCCGUUCAAACCACCUAAGGUCACAUUUCGGACAAGAAUCUAUCACUGUAACAUUAACAGCCAAGGAGUGAUCUGUCUGGACAUCCUCAAGGAUAACUGGAGUCCAGCCCUCACCAUUUCUAAGGUUCUUCUCUCCAUCUGCUCACUUCUCACAGAUUGCAACCCUGCGGACCCCCUGGUGGGCAGCAUCGCCACUCAGUACAUGACCAACAGAGCCGAACACGACCGGAUGGCCCGGCAGUGGACCAAGAGAUACGCGACCUAGGCACGUCCGGCAGCCUCGGGACGGACCUCUCCGCAAGCACAUUCACCAAGUGCAUCGAUAGCCCCCCCUUCGUGCUCUUCUUUUUAGGACAUUCUGAACCAUUUUGUGACACUCGUUGUCCUGCCUUUCUUUUUCUUCUUUUUAUUUUAUUCCCCCUUUUCCCCCUCUGAGCAGGCGGGACGGGUUUGGGUUUGGGUUUGUUUUGGGGUUUGUUUUUUCCGUGCAGAGAAUGUGGGCCGGUCCUAGUCUCGAGCUCUGUCCCGGAGCUCCGUGUCCGUGUGGUGGGUUUUCCUUUUGUGUGGUCUUUGGGCAGACGAGGCCAAUGCAGAAUUCUCUCGUUUCUACUUCAGUGUCGUGUUUAGGUUCCUUUUUGUACGGAAGUCUUUAUCGGUGGGUGCAUGCGACUGGGAACAAGUUUUGUAUAAAGGCUUAAUGCAAGCAUCACUGUGCAUUCCUGAGACUCUGUGGUCACCGGCCUGAACCAAUGAUCUGUAUGGGAUUGACCUAGCGCGCCUGUCCGGUCUCGGGGGGCUGCCCCGGGACGGCGGCGCCACGGACGUACACUUGUAUUCUGAGAGCACUCAAUAAACACUGUGGCGGAUCCACGCACUUGG